AUGGCAGCUUGGCCUACGAAUGCUGUGGCGCAGCGGAUGGCGAAUGGGCCUGAAUCAGUUGCUAAUGGUGGCUGGAUGGCUGCUGUGAGCACGAUUUUUGCAAUUCCUGGAGUUAUCCUUGCUCCCGAAUUGGUACAGACAGCGCAGGGCGUCCGUCUUGACUUUGCAGCCGUUAACGUCGCAACGGGGUACCCAUUCUUCGCCUUCGAAGGCAAAGGUCCCAAUUACAACUGGGACAAUCUAGCUGGAGAAGUACAGCAGUCCUGCGACGGGCUCCGGCCAAAUGCCUUUCAGGGCUAUACCUAUGGGCUCGGAGGAAGUGGUCGAGGAUGUAUUUUUUUGGAGUAUGAUGGUGCACAGUCUCGGUAUCUGACUGUCAAUGGAGGAGGCGUGGUCGGUCGUCAGCAGCACCGCCAGGUGUUUGAUAUUGUCAAUGACCAAUGGGCCAUCAGCAGAAUUCUGACAGUGAUAGUCGGGCUUACCAGGUACCACGGUGGUACUGUGAGGAUCCAACCUUGA